AUGUCAGGAGCUUCUGUGGCUUUGUUGGGUCUGGCCGCUGUGCUGCUUCAGAUUUCCCGGGCAUUGCCACCGCCAGCUGCCCAAGCCCACUUCCUUCGGGCGCAGCAACUGGAAGAGAGCGGCGAUUUACAAGGUGCCUCUGACAGCUUUCAAAAGGCAAUCGGUGUGUACCCAGACUACGCAGACGCCUUCCGAGCGCGUGGCAAGGUGUUGGAGAAGCUGUCAGACUUGGAGGGUGCGAAGCACCACUACCUCGAAGCUACAAGGUUGGCUCCAGAGACGGCUGCAAAUCACUUCAGCCUCGGCCUGGCUUGUGAGCAGCUAAAUGACCUAAGCCAAGCAGCACAAAGCUACAGCCUGGCCAUCAAGCUGGAUCCAAUGAUGUCAGCGGCUCAUUACAGCCUUGGUAUCGUGUUGGAGCGGGAAGGCGCACUAGAAUCUGCACUUCCGAGCUACCGAGAAGCUGUUCGCUUAAAUCCAAACCACCUGGCUUCCACAUUGAGUUUGGGCGAUGCCCUGAAGCGAAAUGCCGACUUCAAGGAAGCAGAAGUGGUCUUUCGGUCGGCUCUGAGCAUGCCCGCAACGAUCACAACGCCCAAUGCCAAGCCGCAUCUCCGGUUGGCCAGCCUGCUGCAGCAGCAGCAACGCUUGGAGGAAGCAGCCGUUUCUUUCCGAAAUGGACUUGAAGUUUCGCCGAGCAAUGCUCCUGCCCAGUUCAGCCUCGGCCUUGUGGAGGAAGCUCGAGGCAACUGGUCGGGCGCGAAAGCAGAGUACGAGAAAGCUGUUCGUCUGGCUCCGGGGCACGUCCCUGUGCAAAGAUACUUUGCCAAGUUUUUGCGCAAGCAUGGCGAUCUCUCCAAGGCUGCAGAAAGUCUGCAGGGCAUCCUCGACAUCGACCCUACAGACAAGGUCCUUCACGUGGAGCUAGCUGAGGUCAUGGCGCAAUUUGGCGACCUAAGUCGCGCAGAGACCAGCUACCAGAAUGCUCUUGCCCUAGAUCCGCGCCUACAAUCUGCGCAUACAAAGCUUGGAAUCUUACAGCGGCAGCUGGGAAAGCUUGAUGACGCAAGGACAUCGCUGGAGACUGCGCUGGUGUUGAAUCCAAGGGAUGCAGAGACUGCAGAGACUGCAGAGAUAUGCACUCAGCUGGGAGUCGUUCACAAGAUGAGGGGCGACCUGCGAAGCGCUGCUGCAAGGUACCAGCAAGCCAUCGAUGCGGAUCCGAGCCAUGCCGCAGCUCAUGGAAACCUGGGUAUCGUUCGAAUGCUUCAGGAAAACUGGGAGGAUGCUGAGGAAAGCUUUUGGGAAGCCUUAAGACUGGAUCCGGAUUAUGAUGGGGCUUACUACAGCCUAAGUGGAGUGCUCAGCCUGCGAGGUAAGGUUGAUGAGGCUAAAGCCUUGGUGCGACGACGUAUAGAGUUGGCAACGGAAAAAGGGAUAUGGCCCUUCCGACUAUCGAUGACACAGUUGGACAGCAACCGACUCCUCGAGAACAGGCUCCGGCAAGAGGAGGAGUAUGCCAAGAAGUAUGCAGCAGCUCUUGGCUCCAAUGCAGACAGUGGACACAGUGAGGAUCCCAUCGCAAGGCUCUCAAAUGCUAUCGAGGCUCCACCAGGCUUGCACCAGUUGACUCAUGUCAUUCGAGGAGUCCGAAGUAUGGAGAAUUCGUCUGACUGGGCUCUGCGGCGGUGGGAGGAGUGCCUGGAGCUGGGAUCCGGAAGUGUGGCCUGCGCCUAUGGCACCACGUGGUUUGAAACCUGGCUUCAGGUCAUGGCUGACAGCUCACUGAGCCAGAAAAUGCCGCACUACUUGGAGAAAGGCUUGCGGUACACAGUAGGAGGAAGUGCCAUUGGCUACCAAUGUCUCUUUGCAGCCACAGCCUUGGGCUUCAACUGUACUGGAUACGAGCUUUUGCAGUGCUUGGUUGCUGAUUCCGAGAGUCUGGCAGCAGAUCUCAAGAGCAGUGUCCCCGUCGACGUCGAGUUUGUCUGCGGAGAUGCCACCAACGCAGACUUGUCAACCACGGGGGUGCUGUGGCUCAAUGAUGCCCUCUGGCCAGCAGAGGUGCGAUUGAAAAUGCUGCUCAAGGCAGUUUCUGUGAUGCCUCCAGGAUCAACUGUGAUAAGCUAUCAGCCGAAACCAGACGACCAACAGCAAAAGCAGCUCUCGCAGCUGCGGGAUGAGAGAAUGAUGACAGCGAGCGUGUCUUGGAACCCUGCACAACACUUCUUCUUGUGGACCAUCACACCCUGA